GGACAAUCUGGCUUGGUAGUUUCCAGCCCUCUUCGAGGAAGCAAUUCAAGAAGGAAACUACGGACGAGUAUUAGUCCAAUCGAGUCCGAGAUCAACAUUAAAAGAAGUAGUCACAUUGAGACGCUAUAAUAGUGACACAAUAUUGACAUACCACACUUGGAACAGAGCGAUCCAUCCAUCCAUUCAUUCUCCUUCCAACAGACAGAGUCUGUUACUGCCUGUGGUUGUUGUGGCGAAAUGCCCCCAUAUCAGACGUGGAACCGAAGCAGCAGCAGUCAAAUCAGUGGAAGGUCCAAGAAGUUGAGCCUGAGUGCUCUGAUCGUGUUUGUUCUAUUGGGAAGUGCGAGUCCGUCGCCCGCUCAAUCCUCCCGCUCGAGCAGGAACCACCUCCUGACACCCGAGGUCCUCAAUCCAGCAGAGAUUCCCGAUGCUCACCUCAGACUAAAACGGGCAGCGUCGCCUUUGCCAGAGGGCACGCUCUCGCCACAGCUCCAGAGCUUCUUAAGUCAGUUCGUUCUCAUCAAGACACCUCAUGGCUACAUCUUGGGGCGGAGUCAACGGUCGGAUCCCAAUGCUGUGGGUGGGGCCGAAAGCAAUUUCCAACUGAGACAGCGACGGCUUCCGGCCGAGCAUAACUACCAGCUCCGCGUCCGGAAGUCGAUGCCUUCGUCGGAGCAGAAUUUCCAGCUCCGGGUGCGGAAGCCGUACAAUGCGGCCGAGAACAACUACCAGCUCCGGGUGCGGAAGUCAUCGCCGCGAUCGGCAGAGAGCAAUUUUCAGCUCCGCGUCCGCAAGCCGUUCCCAUCCCCCGAGGACAACUUCCAAUUGCGGGUGCGGAAGGAUGGAUACCAUCCGGCGGCUGAAAACAACUUCCAGCUUCGGGUCCGUAAAGCCUUUCCAUCGGCGGAGAACAACUUCCAACUGAGGGUGCGGAAGCCGUUCCCGUCGAGUGAGCACAAUUUUCAACUCCGCGUCCGAAAGCCAUAUCCAUCAGCGGAAGACAAUUUCCAACUUCGUGUCCGCAAGUCCGUGGCAGCCGACAACUUCCAGCUGCGGGUGAGAAAGCCCUUUCCUUCGGCGGAAGACAACUUCCAAUUGCGGGUGAGAAAGCCCUUUCCUUCGGCCGAAGACAACUUCCAGCUGCGGGUGCGGAAAUCCCACGGAGUUGAAAAGAACCCUAUCGACGAAUUACUCAACAGAUUUCACCUCCUCAAGACUCUCCAUGGUGGCUACAUCCUGAAGGACACCAAGGGAAAAAGGGAGGAAAUAAGUGACUUCCCUGCCUCUGCCGACGACGACGAUAACAACAACAACAACAACGACGACGACGACGACGAUGUAAACGACGACCAAACACUUGAAGAUCACGGCGACGACCUGGAUAGCAUUUACUACGACGAACUCCUCAGAAGAAACGAGUAAAGACCUCGCAAUGCUACCACGCCCGUUACGAAAUUCUCAUCAAGUCGAAAAAGCAAUAUCCGGAGCCUGAUCCGUUAUUUUCAACGGCAUCCAUCCACUGGUUGUAAAUGUACUCACGACCCAAGUACGCCAUUAUCAAUUGGCAGAUAGUCUUAGUAUUCAGGGAUCUGAGCCCUGUCUCGGAAUCCUUAAUUUGAAGCAACUCCUCUUCCUCCACCUCCACCUCCUCCUCCUCUUUCUCUUCCUCCCCUUCCACUCCUUCCCCUCCUCCUCCUCCUCCUCCUCCUCCUCUUUCCCUCUCUUCCCCUCCCCUUCCUCCCUUCUUCCUUCAUCCCAGCACCUUGACCAUCUUGUGAGGGAGUGACCAUCAUUUUUACUCAAGACCUGUGGCCGAUGUCUCGUUGGUCCCGUUUUGCAUUUGCUGUCGCUGACAGCACCUUGGCAAGACAAGCAUCAUCAAGUUUUGGCGUCAUUGUUUUUUUUUUUAUAACAUCCAGCAUUCUGUUCGUUGCGUUGAGAUCCUUCUUGCUUCGUUCCUCUCCAAUCAGUCAACCAAAAAGUAAAUCAAAUGUUGUGGAGCCCACCUGAAUUUGCCAUCUUCAAUGCACUCAUGAAUGGACAUGAACAACUAACUCAACAUUGAACGAACCCGUGUUGUUGUUUCUCUUUCUCUCUCUCAUUUUCGUCUCUCUGUCUAUCAUCAACUUUUGACCCACAGUAAUAUGGAAUCCAUGUGCCAUGUACGUAAAUUGCUGGCUGAUAAAAAGGUGUUGUUGUACUAAUAUUAUGCUAUCCAGCUUUGUUAUCGUUUACCUCUCUUUUUCUUUCCAUCGUCGAAAAAAAAAACAUUUUUGUUCUGGGGAGAUGCACACUUCAUAGCAAAGUAUCAUUGGAAUCGCCAUGGUUCAACUCUUACGAUAGUCCAGAUGCCGUGAAAUAAGUACUACACUGAAAAUAUCCUUGUCACUCAUCAUUGUAGAUAAUGCAAUUACUUCUAUCUAGUUUUCUAUGUAUUCAAUAAACUGCGCCUUGCGUCAUAGCCACCACA